AUGUGGCCAGGAUAUCAACAUGUUGUAAAUAAUUUGUUACUAGAAAUUCUUUUGCGAGUGAUUAUCUUAGCAGUGGUGUGUUUAUGUCAAGCGAAGGGUCAACCAUACAUGCGGCACCUUACCGAAACAGAAUUGCUGACCGACUACAGACGUCCACGGCAUGACUCGUACGUGCCAGCAUGGGCCACCGUAACUUUAAUAGUCUUCGUGCCUCUCUUGUGUAUUUACAUCUCUUUUGCAUUGACAAAAAAUUAUGUAGACACCGUACAAGCAUUGCUGGCGUGGUCACUGGCGCUAACAAUAAACGCAAUGAUUACAGAAUCUCUCAAAUUAAUAGUGGGAAGACCUCGGCCUGAUUUCUUUUGGCGCUGUUUCCCUGAUGGGCUGGUGACGCCGGGGCUUGAAUGUACUGGCGAUGCGUACGACGUGUUGGAUGGCAGGAAGUCGUUCCCCAGUGGGCACAGCAGCUUCGCUUUCUGUUCGCUGGGGUUUUUGAGUAUGUGGUUCUGCGGGAAGCUUGGAGUUCUGUCGCGGAAUCGUGGACAAGGCUUCAGAGUGGUUGCUGUUCUCGCACCACUCACGGUCGCCAGCGGUGUGGCUGUGAGCCGCUGGUGCGACAACCAUCACCACUGGGAGGAUGUCCUGGCUGGAGCGGUAUUAGGAUUCACCUCCACAUACUUCUGUUACCUGCAGUUCUACCAUCCUUUAGACUCUGAUUCGUCGGGUGAGCCCUAUUCGGUUAAUAGUGAUUACGAUAUCUUCAAUAGUGACCCCGAUAGUGAAACACUAUAUUUUGAUACCUUGUACCACAGUCCUCAUAGCACGAGAGAUCUAAAUGAUGUUUGUCUAAUGCUUCACUUAUGUAAUAAGAACACUUUAGAAAGCAAUAAAAAGAUCAGCUGA